AUGGUACAGAAGAAUCCAUUGCGAACCAUCCAGGUGGAGGGCAGCAACCCCUCCUCCCUCCCUGACGACCUCAACGCUUUCUACACCAGGUUUGAGAUGGUGGUAAGAGAUGGUGGUGACCUUCUCCAGAGGGAUCUGGCUGCUUCAGUCACCACCACCAUCCAUGGGAAGCCAGUGGAGGUAGUUGAGGAGUACAAAUACCUGGGAACCAUCUUUGACAACCUCCUGAUAUUCUCUGCCAACACAGAGGAGAUUCUCAGGAGGGUGCUGACGCGAGGGGAGCCAUGGUGGCAUCGCGUGGAGGAUUGCGGUGAUUCUCAGGGUUAUUCUCAGGAAGCUCCAACAAAGCAAAUAGUGGCUCUGCUGGGUGAUGAUGUUGUUUUACCCUGUUUCCUGAAAACUCCCGUGGACACUUCAAACCUGCACCUAGAGUGGGCGAGAACUGACCUGACACCUGGAUUUAUAUAUGUGAGGGGAAAACUUGAAGAAAAUGUGGAGUUGAAACAGCCGUCGUACGUGGGAAGAACCUCACUGUCCUUUGAUAAACUAAAGCAUGGAGACGUCUCACUGACUCUCUUCAAAGUACAGCUGUCUGAUCAAGGACUGUACAGGUGCCUCAUUCCACAGCUGGGUCAAAGGUCAUUUGUUUACCUUAUUGUAGGGUCAGCAUCUACACCCGUCAUAAAGGUGAUAUCAAAUGUAAGCAGCAGGGUGGUGUUACAGUGUGAGUCUGCAGGCUGGUAUCCAGAGCCUGAGCUGCUGUGGUUGGACGGUGAGGGAAACCUCCUCUCUGCUGAACCUACAGAGACCCUCAGAGGUCCUGAUGACCUCUAUACUGUCAGCAGCAGAGUGACUGUGGAGAAGAGACACAGCAACAACAUCACCUGCAGAGUCCAACAGAGGAACACCAACCAGAGCAGAGAGACACACAUACAUGUUCCAGGAAAAUCUCAUCUGGUGUGUCCAUCUCAGGUUGUAGCCAUGAUGGGUGAUGAUGUUGUUCUUCCAUGUCAGCUUAAACUUGCUGUUGAUACUAACGCUGAGACUGUGAACUGGAUCAAACCUGGUCUGGACCCAAAUGUUGUCCACCUUCAUUUUGAUGGACAGCUGGUGUUUGAGAACCAAAACCCAUCUUAUCACUUUCGUACUCGAGUCUUUGAGGAUGAACUGAUCAAAGGGAACGUCUCGCUCAAAAUAUCCAAAGUGAAACUCUCUGAUGAAGGAACGUACAGAUGCUCCAUUCCCUGGAUACGUGAAGAAGCUUCCAUUGUUCUCACUGUUGCUUCAGCAUCUACACCCGUCAUAAAGGUGAUAUCAAAUGUCAGCAGCAGGGUGGUGUUACAGUGUGAGUCUGCAGGCUGGUAUCCAGAGCCUGAGCUGCUGUGGUUGGACGGUGAGGGAAACCUCCUCUCUGCUGGACCUACAGAGACCCUCAGAGGUCCUGAUGACCUCUAUACUGUCAGCAGCAGAGUGACUGUGGAGAAGAGACACAGCAACAACAUCACCUGCAGAGUCCAACAGAGGAACACCAACCAGAGCAGAGAGACACACGUGCACGUGCUCGGACUCAUAUCCAACAACGAUGAGACAAACUACAGGACAGAGGUGCAACAACUAGAGUCAUGGUGCCGCGACAAUAACUUGGUCUUAAACACCAAAAAGACCAAGGAGAUUAUUGUAGAUUUCCGGAGGAAAGGUCAUAACAACUACCGGCCUCUCUUCAUUGGCAGUGAGGCGGUGGAGAGGGUGAGCAGUUUUAAAUUCUUGGGGGUAACUGUGACUGAGGACUUGUCCUGGGGCAACCACAUCACCUCAGCUGUACGGAAGGCCCAACAGCGCCUCUACUACCUGAGGAGACUGCGGAGCGCACACAUUCCCAGACCUCUGAUGUUGAACUUCUACAACUGUGCCAUCAGCAGCGUUCUGACGUAUGGAUUUCUAGUGUGGUUCCCCAGCUGCACCAAGGCCGACCAGCAAGCACUCCAGCGGGUGGUGAAAGAAGCUGGCAGAAUUAUUGGAACGAUUCUGCCAGAGAUUAGCAACAUCUUCCCCACUCGCUGUCUGAGGAGGGUGCACAGUAUCCUGCGGGACCAACAUCACCCUGCGCACCACCUUUUCCACCUGCUGCCCUCAGGGAGAAGGAUCGUCUCAUUACACUGA